UUUAAUCAUUUUUAUCACUGUUUAAAAGAGUGUCCGUCUUUUUCCAUGCAGAAUUUCACCAAAUGUGAAUUGUCGUGCCCCGAUGACCGCCCUUUGCUUUUCAAUAAAACAUGUCGAUCAACAUGUCCUCCUUCAAGUCCUUUUACUUCUCUCAGAACUUCAGUAUUUAAUAAAAUUUUCGUGUGUUCCGAACAUUGCAAUGAUAUGAUGGCCUCUUAUAGAAACGUUUGCGUUUCUGUUUUGUCCAGCCAAAUCGCCGCUGGAAUAUCAUGGAAAAUGUGUCCAAGAGAGCACUUCUACAUCGAAAACAAACAGUGUGUUAACGUGUGUUCAAGAUAUCGGCGCUUCAGAGACGAACAAACCAAGGAAUAG